AAAGGAGGAAGCGGCUGUUGGUGAAAUGUUUAGAAGCUUUUAGUUUGAUCAGAUUAUUUGCGUUAGAAGGAGUGGUGCAGACAGGUAAACAAGUCUGCGCUCCUGUUCAUGCCUCUCAGAUAUCUUUAUUCCAGCUGCUGUUGUCGUAAAUGAAGGUUAUGUUCUCUGGAAGAGCGGAAUAACGACGGUGAGAAUCAGCUGCGAGGGGAACAUGUGGUGGUUUCAGCAGGGUCUCUGCUUCCUGCCCGCCGCUUUGGUCAUUUGGACUGUGGCGUCCUUCAUCUUCGCCUACGUCACAGCGGUGGUACUGAGACAUGUGGAUCCUCUGCUGCCUUACAUCAGUGACACAGGAACUAUGGCACCAGAGAGGUGCGUGUUCGGGAUCAUGCUGGAUGUGUCGGCCUUUUUAGGCAUCGCCACGGUGUACGUGCGUUACAAACAGGUGGAGGCUCUAAUCGAUGAGAACGACAUCAAACUCAAAAGGCUGAACCGCUUAGGGCUGGUCCUCGGCUGGAUAAGCUCCUUCGGGAUGUGUGUGGUGGCCAACUUUCAGAAGACCACCCUGUUCUCCAUGCACCUGGUGGGGGCAGUGCUGACAUUCGGCGUUGGAGCGCUCUACAUCGUGUUUCAGACGGCGCUCUCGUAUUUCAUGCAGCCGCACAUCCACAGCAAGACUGUGUAUCGGGUUCGGAUCGGAAUUGGAGUUUGGACCAUGUGCAGCAUCAUCAGCAUGUUCGUGUCAUCGGUCAUCAUGUACAGCACGCUGUCAGGAGUGGACGUACCCCGUAAGCUGCACUGGAUCCCAGGAGAACCGGGUUACGUGGCCCACAUCAUCAGCACUGCUUCUGAGUGGUCCCUGGCCUUCUCCUUCAUCAGCUUCUUCCUCACAUACAUCAGGGAUUUCCAGAAAAUAAACUUGCGAGCCGUAGCAGUUUUGCAAAGCAACCAUCUUUACGACUGGCAUCAUGGAGGCGGCCCAUCCUCCCGUCUGAACAGACCCUCAGAAACCUCUCCCCUGCUGGGAGGAACAACAUGACACUGUGCAGCUGAAGAUUAAUCUGCUUCGCGUCUUUGGUUCAAUUGCUUAUAGCAUUUUUUAAGCAUGUUUUUAUAAAAAAAUAUCCAAAGACUUUUAACGAGGUCAGGGUGCUGUGACGUCUCUCCUGUGGUUUAUAAUGUAUACAGUCAGAAGCUCAGGUUCAGGUUUGUCUCCCCUUCAGUAGUCUGUGGGUGGCUAAGCUGCUAACACCAUAAAAAUGUCUUUGAAUUGUGUUUUAUAAGAGAUUUCCAUAUGUGUGCCGUGACUAAAACCUUGGCAACCAAACAAGCGGUAGCAGGAAAAGAAAUGUUCUUUCUUUCUAAAUUAAACUGACCAUAGGAAAGCCGUUAUUUAACCUGUUGCACUAUUGCCCGUCAACAUAUUUGCACCUUGAUGUAAAACAUUACUUGUUCCUAACAAAGUAAUUAGCUUAGACUCUAAACAAACGUUAUCUAACUUUUCUCUCAUAUAAAGGCAGUUAUUUCAUAUUAUAUUGGAUGGGGUUUUCCUAUCAUUUAACUGGCCUUGCAUUAUUUUCACAAUGAGAACUGGAUUAAACCUGUGAUAUACAAAGCACAAACAUCUCCAUGUUUAUGUUUGUAAUUAA